AUGGCCUGUUUUUCUGCACACAACAGUAGUAACAUCAUCAGUGACAUCAUCAGUGACAUCAUCAGUGACAUCAUCAGUGACAUCAUCAGUGACAUAAUCAGUGACAUAAUCAGUGACAUCAUCAGUGACAUCAUCAGUGACAUCAUCAGUAACAUAAUCAGUGACAUCAUCAGUGACAUCAUCAGUGACAUCAUCAGUGACAUCAUCACGAACCACACGGUGAUGGAGGAGGUGAUGGAGGAGGUGAUGGAGGAGGUGAUGGAGGAGGUGAUGGAGGAGGUGAUGGAGGAGGUGAGGAUGGACUCGAUGGUGGCCGUGUAG